AUGGUCGACCCGGCGAUGCUCAUGGUCGGAGUUCCCGGGAUGGGCAAUGCUGAUCCCUCAUGGCACCAGGCCAACAGCGGUCAGCAGGGAGGUCUCCUCUUGAAACGAAACAUUUUCAAGAAGCGCGAUGGAUCCAUAUACGGCGUUGGCGAUCUCAAGGUGGGCAGCGACCUCAAGCUGCUCGGCCGCUCGUACCGGCUAACGGGGUGCGACGACUACACUAGAAAGUGGUACGCAAGCGAAGGGUUUCGACAACCGGAAGCCCAACCGGUCCCGAAGGAAAUCAACCAGUGCCUUCGGGUUGAACACACUACCGGCUUGUGCAACAAACCUCAACGCCCUCACACCGCACCAAGCGGUCGACCGCCAUCGUCCGGGGGGCGAUCAUCGCAAGAAAGCUCCGGGCUCAGAAGGGCGCACCAAGAAAAGGUCCGUCGCUUCUUCAGGCACGACAAGGAGACUCUUCGCUUUCAGGUGGUCUGGGACGACCCUUCCGUCGGAGGCACAAGGAAGCGUUACGAUCUGUUGCUCUUCCUGGAAGACGAGACGGUGUCCCUCCAUAACCCGAAAGAAGAGAGGCAGAAUUCUGGCAGCGAUGAGAGCGUGAUUCACGCCCGCAGGCAACGCCUGCCUAAAGACUGGACUACUCGAACCGAUGUAAACUCCGGCGGAGAAGGGGGGCAGGCGGACGACGGGAACGCGGGCGGAGGGUUCGUUGGGGAACUCGACUUGGCCGUGGGGCGAUCGGUGUACGUCUGGGGGAGGGAGAUGAAAAUGGUCGGUUGCGACCCGUUCACCAGGGCGUAUUACAGGCGAGAGCACGGUAUCGACAUGGACGCGGAUCUCGACGAAACCGCCACCGCCGCUGGGAGACCAGCGUACGGGACCCGCAGCAUGACAGCUGCCAUCGUCGCAAAUCCAAGACCGGCGGACGGCAGCACGGCGGCAGCGGCGGCGGAAGGGACGGUAACGGACUACCUCACCUCAAGCCUCGGUCGGUACAAGGGGGGUGGGCCGGGGGGGGCUCUUCCCGUGGACCGUUACAGGGGGCAUCGCCUCCGGUGCAAGGCUGUGCUGAGAAGCAACAUGCCCAAUGACAAGGGCCGGGAGUUUGUGAUCACGUACGACCUGGCUUGGAACACCUUGAUGGUGUACGAGCUGCAGCGGCGCAACUCCGGGCGUCCUGGGGGGUUAUUCCUGGUAAAGGGCAGACACCGAAGACCUGGGGAAAACAACAGGUAUUAUGUGCCCCAAGACCUGUACCUAGGAGCUGUCGUUCCGUUGGUGACAGGCCACACGCUUGUGGUCACGGAAAUGGACCGCUCAAGCCUGGCGCUGUGUGAGGCCCACCCCCGGGAGUUCCCCCUGAUGGACUGCAGGCGGGUGCUUGGGAGGAUUGCCCAGAGGGCCAGGAACAUGCGCCUAGCCCUGCGAAGCGAGCUCCGUCGCCGAGCGGCCAACGCCCAAGGGAACACUGUGACAGCUGCCCGCGAAUCGCCUGUCGGCGAAGGGGGAAGAAACGGCGGUAGCAUCUCACCGUCGCGCGUAGGCGCGGCCACCGCCGCGGCAAGCAACAUGUCGAGGUGGACCGCAGGGAAGAUCUUGACCAAAGGUGACGGCAACCGUAACGGGGACAGCGACAGCGACCGUCAUUGGGUACCCUCGGGAGUAGCCCCCGCCACCUCGUCAACAGAAACGCCGCGGCAGCAGCGGGGCACCCUUGGAAUGAACGGCGGAAACGGCUCCGGUCAGAACGACACCAACCAUCACGGUUCAGGCGCCGACCUUAGCAACGGCAGGGGCGUUCCCUCAGGAAGGAGUGCUCGAAGCGGAGCCACUUGGGGGCUUGUCGGAGGUUGGGGCGACAGCUAUGCCAACACCACCGAAACCGGAGGAAACCAUAAUAGCACCACCACCAACAACAACAUUGGCACGGUAGACGGACCCCACGGUGCUUCCCAACUCGUCCAACCAAGCGUCAGCUACGGUUACACCCACCAUGAGAACAGAGGAGGCAACCCGAAGAAUGAGUCGGCCACGGCCCCUUGGGCUGCCGUACAGGCGGCAGGGGUUAACGUCUUCAAGUUAAGCACAGGACAAGCGGCACUCCUGGCGAGGAAGCCAGCGGGCACUCCCAGGCGGGCCGCCGCAGGCACCGACGUGGGAGCUAAGAGGAGCAGUGCAGACGGCAACGGCUGCGAUACGUUCGAGGGUCACGAGGCGUUUCGUGAUGCCAUGGAUGGUCUGGGGCUUCUUGUUGGACUGGGUCAGCAGGAAGUGUUGACUCUGGUUCGGGCGUUCACCGACAAGCGGGGCAAGAGAAUCCUGUGGGCAAGCAUGUGUGACAGUAUUUCGCAGCUUGACGCGGAAGACGUCGCCACCGCCACCGCCCCAACGGCAGCCAGCCACGGAGGUAUUCGCGGGACUAGAGCCACCGUGGGAGGCGUUCGCAUUCCCGCGGCAACAAGGAAACAUCGCCGUUCCCUUCAGCCACCGGCGGCUUGCGGCGAAACACUACUGGCGCGCAUGAGAGAGUUGGGAGUACCUUGGCGCGCCGUGUUCACCGACGUCAGGGAAGAAUCGGGAAAAGAUAGCUCCUGCGGCGUUCUCGGGGUGGCGUCGAUAGUCCAGGUUAGGGAUUUGGCCGGAAAGCGUGAAGCUGGGGGAGGGGGGGCAACCAGGCGAUACCUUAUGAGCUGUCGUACACGUUACCAUUUGGCGUAA